AGAACGGAAGUGACGUCUUUGGCUCAUUGGAAAACACUUUUUUUCCCCAAAACCUUCUCUCCUCUCGCCUACUGGAGAGAAAGGGUGAAACACCAAGUAUCUGCAGUGAGUGCAGUUUGUGGUUAGAAUCACAGCUCUGAAAGUUUAUAUGCUCAGAUUGCCAAAUAGGACCAAUAGUGAAAUGGGUAUUGCUAAGAAUCUUUAAAAAAGUACCUGUGUGCUUAUUAAUAAAUGUCGCUGUGGGUGUCAGAACAGAAUCUCCCAUGCCGUUGGUAUUAAAGUUCACUGCGAUCCCUGCAGUUGUGUUCAAGCCCAUCUGUGGCAGGAACCUGACCUCCUGUGCUCCUCAGGAACCUCAGAGAUCAUUUUCUAAAAACAGUACUUUCAGAGGGAGAAAGCAGGGUGGGGGCUUGACGUUUUUAGAGCAACCAUAGCAGGUUACUUUUCCUGAAUGAAUUUGAACAGUGCAGCUGCUUCCUGUUUGUUUGGGGCUUUAACGUUGUAGCAUUAAAGCUAUGAAUCCGUGAGCACAUCUAGCAUGUGAAAAUACCAGCCCAAUUUCCCAUUUUGCACCGAUUUCCUCAGAACAUGCCAUGACCUACACCCCCCAUUUCCUUGUUACCUCAUAAAAUACACGCUGGCUUGUGUUCAGAAUAGGUUAUGUUUUCACAGCCCUGAAUGGAGGACAUGUAACUGGAGUUGUCCAUAUCUGUUUUGUCACUGAUCACACUUUUCUUGUACACUAGUUCUUUUCUGCAAUUUUUAGAACCAGAUAACCUGUCGGGAGGCAUAUUUCUAAGGAAUUAAAUUUUAGGUAGUAAAUGAACCAUUGAGUAAUUUGCACACAAUACACGAAUUGCAGAAAUACUCAAGGGUAAGUGCCAAGGAACAAUCGCUUUGUUUUUAAUUUUCUAAGUUACUUUGUUACAGUAGGGGAGCAGCAGCAGCCUGAUUUGCAUUUCCCCAGCAGUGUGACAGAUCACCUGUGGAAACAUAGUUUGCUGACAACAUGGCUUUUCUGAUUUAUCCCAGCAGUGAUGUAUGCACUGUCUAUUACCUCGCCAGCUAAUCCUUUAGUCUGGGUCUGGUUAUUGUGAAUUUAAAAAAAAAAACAAAAAGCUUUUCUUCUCUCAACUGUCACAUACUCAACACAAUGCUUUAUCUCUGGUCACCAAAAUGUCUUGGGUUCUCCCCACCAACAACCAAUUCUCCAGCGUCCCCCACCUGGGGUCUUGUUAUUUGAUUCAAUGCUGAAACCUGGAGUUGGUGUCAGGUCCCGCAGCAUGAAGGCCUAGUUCUGUAAGAUGCCCCCACUCCAUCAGGUACUUCGUUACCCAGUCUUCUGUCAUAACAAACAUGCAUGAUGUCAACUCAUAAGGAGAAGAGCGCUCCCUUGGCCCAUAGUUUGGAGGUUCCAGUCCAUAACUGGCCAGCCCUGCGCUUUGGGUCUGUAGCAAGGUGGCCCCUCAUGGCUGCAGUGUGCAGUGGGGCAAAGCUGGUCACCCAGGAAGCAAAAACUGAAUAAGGCAGAGGAGCAGGGUGGGGUUUCACAGUCCUCUUUGAGGGCGUGGAACCUAAAAGGCUCCCACCAGCCCACAGGCACCUCAUGAGGUUCUGCCACAAUAGCCCCAACCUGGGGACCAGGCCUUGAACACUCGGACUUUCAUCUAAGAUCCAGACUGGCAGAUGCCAACCACAGGGGUGAGGUUGGGAUCCAUGCUUCUGACUGGCCUGCUAUACCAGGUUUCCCUGACUGCCUUCUCAGAUUUGAUUUAUUCACUGGAACAGCUUACAGAAGUCUGGAGAAACAUACAUUUACCUGUUUAUUAUGAAUGAUACAACCAAGGAUACAGGAGAAUAGCUGCAUGCAAGAGAUGCAGAGUAUAGGGGAAGGGGCAUGGAGCUCUCUCCAGACACCUCCAUGUAUCUGAAGCCCUCAGAACCCCAACUUUUUGGGUUUCUAUGAAGAUUCAUUCUAGAGACAUGGCUGACUACAUCUCUGACCACUGACGAUCAAUUCAACCUUCAGUCCCCCUUCUUUCCCUGGAGAUCAGGAUGUGAAGCUAAAUGAGUUGGUUCCCCUGGCAACCAGGCCAUAUCCUAAAGCUAUUUAGGAGCCCACCAAGAACCACCUCACUAGAACAAAAGAUGCUCCCGUCACCCAGGAAAUUCCAAGAGAUUUAGGAGCUCUGUGUUGGGAGCAGGGGUCAAAAACCAAAUAUUAGAACAAGAGAUUCUCCUAGCAUCCUAUCCACAAGUUUUAGGAGCUCUAUUGUCAGAGGCCGACCAUUCCUCCAAUCUGGCUAGAAUGGGGGCAGUGAGGGCUAAAGAAAGGAAGACAAUAGAGACAUAAUUUCAAAACACAUGGGCAGCUGGGAGGUCAGUGCUUCAGAGUGGGCAAAGACAAAGGCACUCUGAGCUGGCCACUGCUUAUUGAGUGCACAAUAAUCAGAAGGAGUAUCAUGUGACUUUAGAGGGUGGUGAUAAUCACACGUUGAUGAGGAUCUUAGGUCAUGAGGAUCUUAUACUGAUGAGGGUCUUAUGUUGAUGAGGACAGUGAGAUGGGCAAAGCAUUCUUACAAUAGUAGGUAUGAUGAGAUACUAGGCUAACAAGGAAUCUGUCCUUUCCCCAGGUGAAACCUUGCUCUUUUUUUUAUUACUGCUCAGUUCUCAAAGAACCAGGAUGUCUUCAGCUGAUGUAAUCUUACACUUGAGAGUUAUUAUGACCAGAGGCAAAAUGGAAUUAUGUUUCUGCAUGCCAUAGCCAGCUCUCUGGCAAGAAGACAUUGGGCCUUAGACAGUCCUCAUCAUAAUUUAAUUAUGAAAUGAUUUUUCCCCAAAACUAUAAAGAAUGGUUUUCAACACUCUAUAUCAGGAACCCUGGAUAGUACUAAUAUAUAUAUUAGUUUCUAUAUUUUAUAUAUAAUUAUUUAUAUAAUUUAUAUAUUAUGUUUGCUUUGAGCACACACACACAUGUAUAUAUAGAUGUUCUCUUUGAGCACACUUAUCCCAUCAUUCUUGCCACUUUUCUGAAGCAGUUCUUGAAGUCCUCUUUGAUGAGUAUCUUUAAUUGCACUGUCGUGGCUGUAAGGGUUCAGAUAAUAAAUAUACUGUAUUUGGCUUUGUGAGCCAUAUGGUCUUUUUUCCCAUUCUUUAGUUUUGUUAUAGUAGUAUAAAAGCAGUCAUAGAUAAUGCAUGUAAACUUUAUCACUGUGUGUUCCAGUGAUACUUUAUUUAUAAAUCAAGUGGCAGGCCAGAUAUGGCCUGUUAACUGUGUUUGCUGACCUCUGUUCUGACUAAUCAAAAAGUGGUGGUAAUUCACUUCUGAGAUUAUGUUACUCUGGCUUCCAUCUUGCCUGCUUCUCUUGCUCUUUUGCUUAUUCACUUGAGAGGAAGUGAGCUGCCAUUUUAUGAGGUAAACUAUGGAGAAUCCAACAUGGAAGCUCUGGCCAACAGCCAGCAAGAAACUGAGGCCCAUGUUCCAGCAGUCUGGGAGAAACUGGAUCCUGCCAAUAAUCUCUUAAAUGAGCCUGGAAGAGAGUCCACUUUGAGGCUGGGGUGGCUACAACAUAUGCAUUCACCUGGGAGCUUGGUGGAAACGCCGACAUUUGGAUGACUUCAUUCAUGCAUCUGGUGCUUCAGGAUGGCUGGAACAGCUGGGCGAAGUUCAGCCUGUGUCUCUCUGCAUGCUGUCUCACGAUGCAGCAUUCUAGCCCGAGCAUAGUCACAUGGCAGCUGGAUUCCGAGAGUGCAAAACCGGAAGCUAAGUGGAAGAAAAUAAUUUGCUGAGAUGUCAGGUGGGAAUUCUUCACAAGAAACUCUGGAAAUGGAUAGCUUCCACACAAGGUUCAGCACCUGGACACCUUUUAGCAACAAGUCAUUAAACAGACAGCUCUUUCAGGAAAGAGUUGCCCUUGUGAGUCAUUGGUUUGAACUCUGGACUAACAAGCAGCGCCAACAAUUCUUAUUCACAAUUUUUCUACAAUGCUCUAAAUCACAAUUAAGGUUUGUCCAAGACUGGUUUUCAGAAAGAAAGCAAGUGGCCAGAGUGGAUUUCUGUACCGUGCUACCACGCUUCAUUUCUCUGUAUAUCUUUUCCUUCCUGAAUCCCAAAGAUCUGUGCGCAGCUGCCCAAGUCAGCUGGCCCUGGAAGUUUCUAACUGAACAGGACUGCUUGUGGAUGCCCAAGUGCGUUAAGUUUGGGUGGUUUCUGCCCUAUACUCCAGCAGACAACGAGUACGGCGCGUGGAAGCACCAUUACAUUGCGUGUGUGACCCACCUGGACUGGCUGACACCGAGGGAAGCAGCCGCUGUCUAUGGGACCCUGAAUGAGCCCAAAACAGAGGAUGAGGAGGUCCAGGAGAGGCAAAGGGAAAGGUGCCUAAGGAAAAUAAUAUGGGAGAAAACUGCACUCCGUAAGACUUGGCUGGGAGAGAGAGAGGCACGAAAUGAACAGCCUGGCGCUGCUGCUUGUUUUCCAGAGGAGCUACUCAGAGCUCGCCCGCCCUGGGGCAGCGGAGACUGCUGCUCCCGGUCGUUCACAUCCAAAUGCCAACUGCGCCUCUCCCGAAUGCUGAGGGAUCUGUCGGGGUUGCAGGGAGCUUCAGAGAAAGAGCUUGUUUUGGCAUCAUUGGACGUUUUGCCCACGCGAAGCAAUGUUUCUGGAAGUCAUUCCUACUCUUUAUUAUCAAAGAAAAAUUGGUGUGGAGUUCAUAAAAAGGAUGACAGCUCUUCAUAUGCUUUGCAGCCACACUUCAUAUUAAUAUCAUCUCGGGUCCCUGCAUAUGAGCUGGUGGCAGAGAGUGUCCAGGCCGGUGUCCUCUCGGCGGUGUACGAGCACAGCGGCGGGACCCUGGACGGCCUGCUGCAGCUCAUAGAGACAGCGCUGCGCGGGCGGAAGGCACGAAGUGUGGGGAUAUUUAGCGACGGAGAUAGCAGAGAAAUCAAUUUACUCCAAGGCUAUAAAAUUGGUAUUGAAAAUUUAUUGAGGCCUGAAGUGAGAGACUUCUGGGAGAAAUUAGGAAGUUACGUGGCCACUGAGGAAGAAGGGGGACAUGUCGACCUCUUUGUGCCGCUUGGAGCAUCAGAGGCGGGCGUGGAAGUCCUUUCUCAGCUGUCCCAGCUGACCGGCACGCUCUUCACGGCCCCGCUCGGGAUUGCCACUGGCUCGUACCAACACGUUCUCAGUGAGUGGCUGGGACCGCCACCGGACGGGGCUCCGCCUUCUGUCUACUUCAGCGAAUCCAAGCUGCAGACCUGGGCCCACGCCGCGGACCUCCUGGAAGACGCCUUGAAAUCAGUGAGGAAACAGCUCGGUCCUUUCUUGAAGGAACUGCAGAAGGGCAUCAGUGCCAGGAUGGUUGGGCAAUUCAUGUUUGACUCCAUGAGCACGGAGGACAUUCUCAAUAACCAAGACACUGCACAAGCUCUGGUGGAUGGGUUGGGAGAGCUGUCAAAAGAACAUUCUGACAAACCCCUGGAGUUCUUGUCAAAUUUUCUGCUGAAGAAAAGCAAAAAGAGCAAAGACUUUGAAGGGAAUGUUAUUCUGACAAAAUGUGACCCAAAAGAAACAUUCAGUUUACUCAUGAAGAAAGGAAAUGUGAUAGAAGACAAGUCUCAGGACACAAAGUCGAGUCUGAGCAAAAGUGCUCUCAAUUUGGAGGGGCUGGUCAAGCUGGAGAGGAGGCUGAGGAGGGACUGGGCGGAGAGGCGGUCCGCGGCGGUCCGGGAACUCUUGCGGAGUGAAAGGAAGUAUGUGCAGCUGCUGGAGACGGUGAGAGACGUCUAUGCCGCACCCCUGGGAGCGGCGCUGUCCGCGAACAGAGCGAUUCUGAGCGCUGCAAACAUCCAGAUCAUUUUCUCUGAUAUUCUGCGGAUUUUAAGUCUGAACAGGCAGUUUCUAGGUAACCUGGGAGACAGACUACAGGAAUGGGGCCCGGCCCACUGUGUGGGGGAUAUAUUUAUCAAGUUUGGGAGCCAAUUGAAUACAUACACCAAUUUCUUCAACAAUUAUCCUGUUGUUCUGAGAACUAUUGAGAAGUGCAGAGAGAUGACACCGGCAUUCCGAGCUUUCUUGAAGAGACAUGAUAAGACGAUUGUCACCCACAUGCUGAGCCUGCCGGAGCUGCUGUUGUACCCAUUCCGGAGAUUUGAAGAGUACAUUCAUCUUCUCUAUGCUCUGAAGCUUCAUACUCCGGCAGAACACGUUGGUCAUGGGGACCUGAACACUGCAAUUAACCAAAUCAAAACAUAUAAAGAUUAUAUAGAUCAGAUAAAGGAAAACAUCCAUAUGAAAGAGCAGCUGUCGGAUAUACAGAGACUCAUCUGGGGAUGCCCUACUCUAUCAGAAGCAAACAGAUAUCUGAUUAGGGUGCAAGACGUAGUCCAGCUUCGCUGCUGUGAUGAGGAAAUAAGUUUCUCUCUAAGGGUCUAUGAACAAAUCCGGGAUCUCACUCUCUUCCUCUUCAAUGAUGCACUGCUUGUUUCUAGUCGGGGAACAUCUCAUAUUCCAUUUGAAAGGAUUUCAAAAACAACCUACCAGUUCACUGCAUCAGUGGCCCUUCACAGGUUACUAAUAGAGGACAUCCCAGAUUCCAAGUAUGUCAAGAAUGCAUUUAUUCUUCAAGGUCCAAAACAUGAAUGGCUUUGUGCUACUGAAGUGGAAGAUGAUAAAUUCUUAUGGAUGUCAAUACUCCAAAAAGCAAUCAGAAGCAGCGUGGAGAAGUGAGACUGGACUGGAGGAAAAGAUCAGCAGUGCCACUGCUCCCUGACCAAAGCAGAGAACACAUUUUCUGCGCUAGAACAUCCAGUGAGAAGCACAAUGAUUAUGUCAUGGAUGAGGACAGAAUGAACUAGGAUGGCCCAUAAUGUUUAAACUUUAUCAUCUUGAUAAAGUUAUGGAGAAUGUGUAAGAACCAUGAGCCUAAAAUUUUGAACCUCUUUUUUUGGUAAUUUUUCAUGGAUAUUAUUUAAAAUAAUUUGAUGUGAUGAAUUCUAGGACAGCGAGCAUAUUGUGUGACAUUUAAAAAAAAUGAUCUCAUGAAAAAUAAAGCCAGAACAAAAAAUGGUAUUAAAUGACCAUUCUAAAAAAAAUCAUAAUUGAUUUAUCAAUCAUCUUUAAAAUUUACAUGAAACAAUUAUUGAUUUAAAAAUACAUAGAUAAUCAUAAAUGGUAACUUUUUUUUUUUUUGGUACCGGGGACUGAACUCGGGGCCUCACUCUUGCAAGGCAGGACGCGGAACCACUGAGCUAAAUCCCUGGCCCCAAGUUUUUUUUUUUUUGAGUAACUUUCUUAUACACUUGUCAAAUAUUCUUAAUAUGAAUGUACCUCUCUAAGAGAGCAUUAAAAUUAUACUAUUACAAAGAACUAAAAUGCUUUUUGUAAAAAGUUUUUGUAAAAGUUUUUUGGUGCCAAACUGAACUGUUAGACCUUACAAAAAAGAAACUUUGAAAUAUUGUUAAUAUUGUUAAGUUAGCCAGUGAAGAAAAGCAAUUUUUUUUUUUUUUUUGGUGCUGAGGUUCGAACGUGGGGCCUUGUACAUGCAAGAUAAGAGCUUUACCACUAAGCUACAUCCCUAGCCCUGGAUAAAGCAAUUUUUAAAAUACAAAAAUAAACCUUCCUGAGCCAACACGUUCCUGCCAGCUUGAACCACCAGUGGUACAUGCAUGACCAUCUCAUGUGAGCUACCCAAGCAGCAAGACAUACGAAUUACAGCCAUGUCAAGAAUGUGUUAGAGCCUUUAACAAACUGAAACCAUAACCUGUUAGCCACUUGGAAAUAAGCUGAUAUAUGCAGUAGUAAUAUUUUUACCUACUUAAUGCUAUCUAAAAGAUACACAUACUAGUCUUGGAA